AUGAGUUUCCAGCGUGGUGGGAGAGAAGGUAGUUCCCUCGCCAGGAAUCUACCGUUUGGCCUCAGUUAUAGUGAUGUGGGAGCCAAUGAGAAUACUGAGCUUCCCACGAUUCCACUUCCUGUGAACGGGCUACUUUCUGCCACAGAACGUGCCACAGCCGUAAAUUACAUCAAUUUCGUGACUGCCGUCCGCGAGGGCCCAUUCUAUACAGGAUCCUUGGAAUUGUCUGUAGAUGGACAGGGCAAAAACCAAAAGCUGAUCGACGACGACGGGAUAAGCGACGGAAUCGAACGCUAUUCAGACAGGUAUUUGAAAAAGCGUAAAAUUGGAGUCUCGAUAGAUGAACAUCCGUUUCACCUGGAAUUUUUCCCAGAGGAACUCUACCAAGUAAUGGGUAUUAACAAGAAAAAACUUCUGGCACUGUCUCAACUAGAUAAACGGACGGACGUCUACACUGGAUCGGACAUAAAAGACGACGAUGCGGCAGGUUUGUCAAUGCUUGAAAAAUUGAAGGGACUUGCAGAGGAUGAGGACGAAGCUGCGAAUGGUGAGGGCAAAGAUGAGAACAAGGAACCUGAAGAUGUGGAUGAGGAAUUCGACAGUGACGAAGACGAUGAUUACAACGCCGAAAAAUACUUUGACGAUGGAGAUGAUGAUGCCGGCGAUGAUGACGAUUAUGGUGACGAACCUGCCUUCUAG